UCUUGUAACUAGGCAUCAAUGGCUCCAACUCCAGAAAAUGUUCACUCUGCAACUCAAAACUGCGGCACAGAAAAACCCAAAACCCAGUUUUUCAAUCCCAUGUCGCAGCCUCACCACCUCACCCCCACAACCGCCUCUAGACUCUUACUUGGCCAACCUCAUCCUCCAAUCCGAUCCACAAACCCUAACCCAGAUUCUUCACAACCCUAAAAUCGAGUGGACUGCAGAUUUGGUGGACAAGACCCUGAAACGGCUCUGGAACCAUGGGCCUAAAGCCAUCCAAUUCUUUAAAGUCCUUGACCACCACCCCAGCUACACGCACUCUCGCUCGUCCUUCGACCACGCCAUCGACAUUGCUGGUCGUCUGCGUGACUAUAAGGCCCUAUGGACCCUCGUUUCCCGGAUGCGGGCCCGCCGCCUCGGCCCGGGCCCGAGAACUUUGGCUAUCAUCACUGAGAGGUAUGUUGCUGCUGGCAAACCUGAUAGAGCUGUUAAGGUGUUCUUGUCUAUGCAUGAACAUGGCUGUCCUCAGGAUUUGAAUUCCUUUAAUACCAUACUUGAUGUGCUUUGCAAAGCUAAGCGUGUUGAAAAGGCUUAUAAUUUGUUUAAGGUGUUUAGGGGCAAGUUUAAGGCUGAUUGUAUUAGUUACAAUAUUAUUGCAAAUGGGUGGUGUUUGAUUAAGCGAACCCCAAAGGCUUUGGAGCUUUUGGGGGAGAUGGUGGAGAGGGGAUUGGACCCGAGUUUAACCACGUAUAACAUAAUGCUUAAAGGGUAUUUUAGAGCUGGCCAGAUUAAGGAAGCUUGGGAGUUCUUUUUGCAAAUGAAGAAGAGGAAGUGUGAGAUUGAUGUUGUUACUUACACUACUUUGGUUCAUGGGUUUGGUGUUGUUGGUGAGAUUAAGAAAGCGCGAAAAGUUUUCGAUGAGAUGGUUGGGGAGGGGGUGCUUCCUUCCGUUGCAACUUACAAUGCUUUGAUUCAGGUUUUGUGCAAGAAAGAUAGCGUGGAAAAUGCUGUCUUGGUUUUUGAGGAGAUGAUGAGCAAGGGUUAUGUGCCUAAUGUGACCACCUAUAGUGUGUUGAUUAGAGGAUUGUGUCAUGCGGGUAACAUGGAAAGGGCGAUGGAGUAUAUGGAGAGAAUGAAGGAUGACGAGUGUGAACCAAAUGUUCAGAUAUAUAAUGUUGUGAUUCGUUACUUUUGUGAUGCUGGAGAGAUAGAAAAAGGGUUGAGUGUGUUUGAGAAGAUGGGUGGUGGAAUUUGCUUGCCUAAUUUGGAUACAUACAACGUUUUGAUUAGUGCCAUGUUUGUGAGGAAGAAACCUGAAGAUCUGUUAGUGGCUGGGAAGUUGUUGAUUGAGAUGGUUAACAGAGGAUUUUUGCCCCGUAGGUUCACCUUCAAUCGCAUUCUGGAUGGGCUUUUGUUAACAGGUAAUCAAGCUUUUGCACAAGAGAUUUUGAGAUUGCAGAGCAGAUGUGGCCGACUUCCCCGCCAGGUCAAACUAUAAAUCAUGUAGGAAUUCUGCUUAGAAGAGUUUUCUAUUCCUGCUCAAGUUUGAACGCUUGAUCCUCUCUGCAAAACUUCCUUCUGUGCUGUUUGGGGUUGAAGGUCUAGAAUUUCAAGGAUCAGCUGGGCAUAUUUGGUGCAGUUCGAUUGAAAGAGAGAUUUCUGUGCCACCCAACUUGAGGCUUUCACUGCUUUUACAAGCAGAGCAUGGAGAUGAAGCAUUGAGUGUGGGAGAGACUUCUUGAGGAACAGGCUAAGAACAUCAUGAUCAUUCGCUUAGCAAGAAAAGAUGAGAAAGAAAAUCCGGCCAUGAUUGUCAAUGGUGUUGGUGAGUUUCAAGGUUCAAUUGUUUCUUCCUUCUCAUUGUCAUCGCAUGCUUUCGAAGCAUGUUGCCGGUGAUUUGUUUGAUAAUAUAGCUUGCAUCAGUUUGUAUCAGUUCCACAAUCUCUAAAGUAAAAGGAAAUCAUUUAAACUUCCGCACAUAUCCACUGUUGUCAAAUUUGGAGUUGCAUACAUUAGUCAAGUUGAUGCUUGCAUUAACAGAAGAAGCUGGUUUCUUGGCUCCGUUUAAUAUUGGAUCAACUAACAUAAGAGUUUGUUCAUUA